UGCGCAGUCGCGCUCAGCCUCUGUCCCUAUGCUCUGUCCGGACAAAUCCCCGCGAACACACCCACACUCAUACACACCACAUCAUAACGUUAAUACACCCACACUCAUACACACCACAACAUAACGUGAACACACACACACGAUUGAAACUUCACGAUAUAACACUCGAAAACAGGUGGCAGAAAAGUUUAGGUUCACCAGUAAAAUGUGUGGAAGGACUGCGUGUACUCUGGCUCCUGACGAGGUGAGCCGAGCCUGCUGCUACAGAGACCGAGGUGGGCAGCGGAAACAGCCCCGUUGGAGGGAUGGAGAUGCGGACAAAUACCGACCCUCUUACAACAAGAGCCCGCAGUCCAUGAGUCCUGUCCUGCUGUCACAGAGACAUUUUGAUAAGAAUGCUCCUGCGGAUGAGUGUGUAUUGGCUGUGAUGCGUUGGGGCCUGGUACCUUCCUGGUUCAAGGAGAACGACCCGAGCAAGAUGCAUUACAGCACCAGCAACUGCCGCAGUGAGAAUAUACUGGAGAAGAAAUCUUACAAGGACCCCAUGAUAAAAGGACAGCGCUGUGUCAUCCUGGCUGAUGGCUUUUACGAAUGGAUGAAGCAGGAGAAAGGCAAGCAGCCCUUCUUCAUCUACUUCCCUCAGACUCAGGGGAAAAAAGAGGAUCAGGAUGACCUCGUGACCUCAACCCUCAAUAAUGAGAAUUCUGGGACGGUGUGCCCUCCAGAGGAGGCCUCCCCUGCCCUGACAAAGGAAGGGGAAGCCCCAGGUGAGUGGACUGGAUGGAGGUUGCUGACUAUGGCCGGAGUGUUUGACUGCUGGACAUCUCCAGUCGAUGGAGAACCCCUUUACAGCUACAGCAUCAUCACUGUGAAUGCUUCUCCAAACCUGCAAAGCAUCCAUCACAGGAUGCCAGCGAUCUUGGAUGGAGAGGAAGAAGUGAGAAGAUGGCUUGAUUUUGGGCAGGUGAAAUCUUUAGAUGCCUUGAAACUGCUCCAGUCAAAAAACAUUUUGACUUUUCACCCCGUUUCAUCGAUUGUGAGUAACUCGCGCAACAACUCUCCUGAGUGCCUUCAGCCAGUGGAUCUUAACGGCAAAAAGGAGCCCAAGUCCACAGCCAGCAGUAAGAAGAUGAUCAACUGGCUGAUGACUGGUUCCCCUUCAAAGAGGAAGGACUCAGAUACACUUCAGAGGCAGAAAGAGGGUGAAAGCAAAGCAAAGACUAAGCGAAAGUCUGCAGGACAGCUUCAGCACUGGCUGCAGGGACCCAACAAGAAACCAAAAACCAGCUGAAGAGAUGAACUGGACUGAAAACUCUACAGUAUUGAAAAGACCAUUUAGGUCUUGUUUAUUCUACUUUACUGUUUCGACAGGUUUUUAGAAAAAGAUUGUUUCUUCUAUUAAAAGUCAAAUACUUUAAAUGUGACAAAUGCGCUAUAUUGAUACUGCUUAAUAAAGAUUUACACAAUAAAUGUCAGAAAUAAACACAGUGUGCUUUAUUCAAGAUUUUUAUUACCCUUAUUACUUGAAACGCAAAGACAUUUUGAAACAAUGUAGAUGCUAUGCAUUUAUCAUAUUAAUAAUAUAAUAAUGAUGAAUGCCAAUACUCCCUCCCCACAUUUUUUUUUCUUCUUUCAAAGUUACAGUAUGUAAGCUAUCUUGUAAUCUAUAAUGCAUUUCAAAGUUUUAACAUAAUACGAACAGACAGUUAAAGAUCUGAUCGGUUAAAAAGAAAUGUCAAGCACUUAAAUUGUUUGCCAACACGAGCAACUGGCAGUCAGAUAUGGAGAUUUACAACACAACUUUCGCCUUCCCCACAAAAUGAUUGAGAGGUUUGCAAAUAUACAAAGUCUUGCAAUAGUUGACAGUAAAAAGAAGAAAUGUACUAGCUAAUAGUACUUAGUUAUGAAUGAUAUUUAUACUUGAGAAAAAUCUCUCUCCUCUCCAGGACUGUCGGGUAGAAUGACAUGCUGACUUGAUUUGGUUCAUUCCCACGUCAGAUGUACCAAGAAUAGUUGAUUACAAGACGAACCUUCAUUUCCCCAAUAGAGGAACAGCGAAUAGCGAAUUAGGGACAGCGCUUACAUCAAGCAGCUGAGUUUAGAUUCUACUACGUCCUCAACCUGAGCUACAAAUGCAUUUAUUGUGGCUCUAAAAUGAGAUGUCUGAGCAAGUCUUCAGUUAUUGUAGAUGACAGCAAAGUGCAGAAAAGAAAAAAAACAACCUGUACACACUUAAAUGAUGGUCUUGUCAUUUAACUGUAUUUUCUAUUCGACACCAAUUAACGAGAAUCAGCCGGCAGCAUCUUAAUGUGAUCCACACAUGCACCUUCACACAUUCUGAUCCUUCAGGACAUCAGUUCCCAAUCCCCAACAAGUAUCAGUUUAUUUUUCUUUAAGGUUGCAUGAGGUAAAGUGAAACCAUGGUGACAAGUGUUUUUGAGUGUAAAACUAAUUUAAGCCACAACACAAAUGAGUAAAAUGAGGGGAGCAGUGUUUCCUCUAUUCAUGCAGCAGUGGCGGGCCGUGAAAGUAAGAAAACCACCACUGCUAAAGAAACUUUGAUUU